GAUAUGAAUAACAUAAUUUUUUGGUAAGAAACAAUGCUAGACUGGUCAAAUCAUCAAAAUGGGAAAUUAAUGAAUGAUGUCGCCUUAAAUAAACAAAAUUAUUACAACCAUACCAGUGAUCCAUUGGACUCCACAUUGCUAACAAAAGAUUUCUUAAACUCUUCAGAGAAUAUAGGAACAUGUUUAAAAAAUUAUGUCACACAAUCGCCAUUAGAAGUGAUGGCACAAAGAUUUGGUCAUGUGAUUCGAGAAUUCCAGUUCAACUCAAAUCCAACCAGCAAUAAUCAACAUGCAAAUGUUAAAUCUUUUGAUCAUCAUCCAUCUUCUUUUGUAAAUGAUUCAGUCUAUUCUUCCUCUUCUCCUUCUGCUUUGUCUCAGUCGUAUCCUUAUUUCACAUCUAACCUUAUAUCUAAUCAUACUCCAGUAACUAGUAAUCAUUUAACCCAGUAUGUUUCACCCAAUACUCAAAAGCUUCCUAUACUCUUAUCCAAAUCAUCAUUGGAUUAUUUUCAUUCCAGACUUUAUGAAACAGUUGGAAUGCCUGAAAAACAAUCGAAAAUCCUUUCAUCUAAUAUAUUAAACGAAAACGAAAUACUCAAGGCAAAUGAGGCCAGCAGUGAUGAUAAUGUAGAUGAAAAUCUCAAUCACUCCUCCUUAGUAUCAACAUCAGCAUUAACACCGUUAUCCCUGCCAUCAAAUAUCAACUCACAAAACUCAGUACAAUGUUCAACAUCUCGUAAAAAACAAAGUUUCUAUUAUCCUGUAUAUACUAAAACAAGUUCAACAAAUAAUUUAAAUAAUAAUCCCAAUGAUGGAGUUAGUGAGUGUGAAUUACAGUCAUCUGAGGAUAAAAUAACUAUGGAUACCAACUGUUGUUUAAAUUUAUCAUCUGAUAAUAAUACAUUUACAAAUCAAGAUAGGAUGGUUUUAAAUUGUAAAGAUUCUAGUCAAUAUGAUGCACAGUAUACAAAUAAUUUGCCGAUUUAUCAUAAUAAAUAUUCACAGUAUUUAAAUUCCCUGACUAAUUCAAAAUCUCAUGAAUUCAAAUGUCAAUACAAGCCAUAUUCUGCACCAAUUUCAAAUUAUUCCAUACAAUCAUAUGAUUACAUAAAAAAGUCUAUAGACUACGGUGUAUCACCAUCAUCAGAGUCUUCAUCAUUGAAUAGAUCAUUACCAGUCUAUUGUUCAACAGACUGUAAUAAUCCUAAUGUGAAACCACCAUUUUCCUAUAUUACAUUAAUUGUUUCAGCAAUGAAUUCAAAAUUAUCUAAAAAGAUCACGUUAAAUGAAAUUUAUGCAUGGAUCAUGUCAACAUUUGCUUAUUACCGAAAGAACACCAGAAGAUGGCAAAAUUCAAUUCGACAUGCUUUAUCAUUUAAUGAUUGUUUUAUUAAAGUUCCACGUCCAACUGGUGAAUCAGGUAAAGGUUCUUAUUGGACAAUACAUCCAAAAGCAAUUGAUAUGUUUAAUAAUGGUUCAUCAAUGCGACGUAAUCGUAAAUUUAUUGAUGAAAAUCGUUAUCGUAAUCACCAUCAUAAUCAUCACCAUCAUCAUCAACAGCAGUCUCAUAGUAAUUCUGUUAAACACAAUAACAAUAUGAAUACUACUAUGAGAAAUAAACAUUUAUUGUCUAUGAAUAAAAUCAAUAAUAAUAAUAAUAACAAAAAGAAUGAAGAAAGGAAUCAUAUUAAAAAUCAGCAAAACUUCCAAAUAGUUCAUAAACAAGGAAUAAAUAAUGAGUUAACAAUCAGUAAAACAGAAGAUAAUUUGAAUACAUUUCAACAAAAAAUCUAUCACAGUAACGACAGUAAUAACAAUAGUAACAACAAUAAUGAAAGUAAUAUUGAUAAGGUUUCUUACCUAGAAGCUGAUGACUUAUACAACAAUAAUAACAACAAUACCAGCAGUGAUCACCGUAAACUUGACAAGACACAGAAUGCAACUACAAUGAUGAAUACGGCAGAUACAGCUAACUAUAAUAUGUUAAAUUCUUGGAAUGUCCUGUCUUCAUUAUCUGUUGGUUUCAAUAGAUUAGAUGAUUGUCUUGUGAACAUCUAUAAUAACACAAACAUCAUUGAUAAUCAACCCUAUUAUACAUGCCAUAAAAUCAAAUCAAAUGGAAAUGAAAAUUUUAGAAAUUCUGAUAGUCAUAAUCAAUAUGAAACAACAACUUUCAUAUCAUCCUCGUCAUCCUCAUGUUCUUCGUCGUCAUCCCGAUCCCCAUCGUCAUCAACGCCAGCGUCUUCAGCAUCAACAUCUUCAUCGCCUUAUAAAUUUAAUCAACAAUAUGAUGAUCAAUCAACUUCUUUAUCCAAUUAUAAAAUGAUUCCUACAAAUAGUCAAGUGGAUUGUAAUCAUAAUGGCAUUAGUAUUCAUUGUUGUAAUAAUAAUAAUGAUAAUAAUAAUAAUAACAGUAAUAAUGAAAAAGAGAUAAUAAAUGAUGGGGAACUUAAUUCCUUGUCAAGAAAUAUCAAUGAACAAUACCCUGAAACAAAUUUGAAUCAAAUAUUCUAUGCAUAUGAUGACUGA